AAAAACUAUCGAUAUACCGAUACACUAAAAGCAUCUCUAAUUGCCUCUCCUCUCUCCUUUUCACUUUAGCGAGGCAAAAUUUGUCACAUUUCCUUGGCAAAAUUUGCAGUUUGUGAUUAAUCAUUUAAACAUCUUGAGUAACGUCAAAAGCGAAACGCAACACACCAGACAGAAACACUAGCAAACCAACAACGAAGCAAAAUGCCCAAGAAUAAGGGAAAAGGUGGCAAAAAUCGUCGUCGUGGAAAGAACGAAAAUGAAUUUGAGAAACGUGAGCUGAUCUUCAAAGAGGAUCAACAGGAAUACGCACAGGUGACCAAAAUGCUGGGCAAUGGUCGCUUGGAGGCAAUGUGCUUUGAUGGCGUCAAACGUCUGUGUCACAUUCGGGGGAAACUUCGUAAGAAGGUAUGGAUCAAUCAGGGCGACAUCAUAUUGGUCGGAUUGCGUGAUUAUCAGGACUCGAAGGCCGAUGUCAUAUUGAAGUACACACCGGAUGAAGCCAGAAAUCUGAAGACAUAUGGUGAAUUCCCCGAAUCGGUGCGCAUCAACGAGACAGUCACAUUCGUCGAGGAUGGCUUCGAUGAGGACAUUGAGUUCGGCGAUGAGAUUAGUUCGGAGGAUGAUGCAGAUUCCGUUGAUAAUAUCUGAUUAACAAAAAAUAAAGCAACAACAGGAGCAGCAACAACAACAACAAUAGAAACAGCAGCCGAAGAGUCAGUUGAUGAAGUAGGGAAUUAAACAAAUUUGUAAAAAGCCGACAAAACACUCCCUUCCCCCAAAUAAAUAAAAACAAAACACAUACAUACACAUACUGAGAGAGCAGAAGAGAGACGACACACACUAUCAAAUAAAUAUAAAUAUCCCGUGCGGCAUAGUGACAACUGGAAGCGAGAAAAAAGUGACAAAUCCAUUAAUUCAGCAAUAAACCUAUAAUAAAUUUAGUGUUAUUUUUCAACAAA